CCACAGCAAAAUGUCACUCGCCUUGAUACACUCUGUAUAAAUGCUCAUGGCUCUCCUUUCUCUAGCAAGAAGGCUCCAAAGAACCCACUCUCAAAUCCUGUUCCCGUUUCUUCUCCACCACCCUGCCGCCAUUUCCUCACCUUCUCCUUCUCCCUCAACCCAACAACUCUUGUUUCCUUCUUUGGCAUUUCAUCAAACACUUUUUAUAUCCUCUCGGACCCUCCUUUUCACUUCUCGUUUCUCCACUCUACAAUCCCUCUCAACCCAAACUCUCAACUACCCAUUUGAGUUCACUCCACCAGCAAUCCAUGGCCCCGACUCGCAAGAACAAGCUCUGCUACAUUUGCUCAAACGGGUUGCCCAUUUUAGCUCUGAAGCUGAGGCCAUGGCUUCUCUUGAUGAGUCAGGGAUCAAGGCAACUCAAGAUUUGGUAUAUUCAGUAAUUGGGACAUUGAGGGAAGAGUGGAGACUUGCGUUUUUGGCUUUUAAAUGGGGUGAGAAAUGUGGAAAUACUGGUGAAAAUACUUACGAGUUGAUGAUCUGGGUGUUGGGUAAUCAUAGGAAGUUCAACAUGGCUUGGUGUUUGAUUCGUGACUUAUUUCGCUCUUCCAUGGAUACAAGACGAGCAAUGUUUAUUAUGAUUGAUAGAUACGCUGCUGCAAGUGAUCCAUGCAAGGCUAUUCAAACUUUCCAUACCAUGGAGAAGUUCAGAAUGACUCCAGAUGAAGAAGCAUUUCGUACCCUCCUAAAUGCUCUGUGUAGUUAUGGCUAUGUUGAAGAGGCUGAAGAGAUAAUGCUUCAAAAUAAGAAGCUCUUCCCUCUGGAGACUGAUGGCUUUAACAUUGUUCUGAAUGGUUGGUGUAAUAUUUUGGUUGAUGUAGUUGAAGCAAAGAGAGUUUGGAGAGAAAUGUCAAAAUACUGCAUUAUGCCAAAUGGUACUUCUUAUACUCACAUGAUUUCCUGUUUCUCAAAAGAUGGGAAUCUCUUUGACUCACUGCGACUCUAUAAUGAAAUGAAGAAAAGAGGUUGGGAUCCAGGCAUUGAGGUAUACAAGUCUUUGGUUUAUGUCCUAACUCGUGAAAAUUGCUUAAAUGAAGCGCAGAACAUCCUGAAGAAAAUGAAAGAAACUGGGUUGCAGCCAGAUUCUGCCACUUACAACUCAAUGAUACGUCCUCUUUGUGAAGCAGAAAAGCUUGAGGAGGCAAGAAAUAUAUUGUCCACCAUGAAAGAAGAGAAUCUUAGCCCAACCAUUGAAACCUACCAUGCAUUUCUUCAUGGUGUUGGUUUUGAAGGAACUUUGGAAGUUUUUAACUGUAUGAAGGUUGCCAAUUUAGGUCCUACCGGCGAUACCUUUCUUUUAGUUCUUGGUAAGUUUUUCAAAAUGGAGCAACCUGAGCAAGCAUUGAAGAUUUGGGCGGAAAUGAAGCAUUUUGAAGUACUCCCUGAUUCCAGUCACUACAUAGCAUUGGUGGAAGGUCUAGUGACAUCUGGAUGGUUAGAUAAAGCCAGGGAAUACUAUGAUGAGAUGAGAUCUUAUGGUUUUUGGGAUGAUCCAAAGCUUAAGAAGCAAUUAGAGGAGCCAAAGCAAUGCAGUGGCAGUAAGAGACAGAGGGGUCCAAGAGAGGGUAAGAGAAGUAAGAAAUUAAAUCUGUGGAAAGGAAAUAAAGUGAGACGGAAAGAAGAGGUCAAUGCUAAUAAAAAAUGAGAAGAGCUCUGAAAAGGAUUCUAUUUAAAGUCUACAUGUUCAAAGCUAAAAAUUUCUCUGCAAGUUUUUAUUAGAGGCUGAAAAUUGCAUUUCUUCCAUUUGGGGAUACUUACUGAUGCCUAGGACAUGAGGAGCUACCGGUGGUGCAUCUGAAGUAGGUGGAGUUUAUGAAAGGGAUACUGCUGCAAUAUGUCAGAUUUAGAGAGGGAGGUUGAAAGUGAUGAGAUGUGUGGUUCUGGUCAAGGAUGUUUAUUUCUUCUAUUAAUGAGAUAAAAAGAUCUGGAAUGCCUCACAAACUCACCCACUUCUUGAUGUAGCCUAAAGAAAAGAGUUCCAAAAUGGAUGUUUAGGCAGGCAUGUUAAUAGAGAGGUACAAGUUACAUUAUUGGCGGCUAAGAACAGCAUGAAGCAUGUGAAAUGAUGGGCAGUCAUAUAAUGUCAACUGUUCUACCCACUAAGAGAAUGGGCAAAAUAAGCAUUUUUGCACUUUGAGAAACAAAUUAAAGCCAGGGCCAGGUGCAUGGUUCAAACUGACUUGAUUGCAGAAUGCAUUUUGCUUUCUUCUAGAUAUUUAUCUAGAAUUUUUACUCCCAUUUAUAAAAUAUCCUGGGCUGCUUGUUGCCUUGCUUUUCUG